AUGCAUUGCAGUGUCUUACCAGUCAAUGGUGUUCCAUCUGGUAUCAUGACUGUUGAAUCUGAUACCAACAUUAUGUCAAAUGAAAUAACAUCACCUGAUUUAGGCUCCACUACUGAUAAUGGUGAAGAGGACACAAUUUACAAUCAAACUUCAGAAAUGAGUAGUUUUAUGCCUGUCAAUGAGCAACAGCAACAGGACUUAGAGGCAAUUAAAGAUAAAUUGUGCCCAAACAAACCAGUGAACUGGGCCACUGUUACCAAUCAGCCUAUCAAUGAAUAUCAGAUACCUUUCCUAGCUACAUUAGCAUUUCCUACACUAUUUCCUGAUGAUAAAGGGGAUCCAACAAAUCCAUCACUUUUAAAUGAGAUUCCUAUAGGUGAACGAGUCAAGCAUCUCAUUAAAUUUGCUGAAACGAUUGCUGGAAAAUGGGUUUAUAGGUUUUCUAGCCACCCUAGAUUUUCUUAUUGGGCUUUCAACAUGAUUCGAAGAAAAAGAACCUUGCAACAAAGUGAUAUUUUUCUUAAGCAAAAUCCUGGUGACGCUCACUUAACAAUAGAUGAACUAUGUGCAAUGACUGCAUCUAACAACAGCAAUGCUUUUAUUUCAAAGAUAUCUAGAUAUGUUGCUGGUUGA